CAGGCAAGACAUUAUUACUUAUUGCUUACAGUGAAGUGAAAUCCAACCGUCAAAACCAUAUUGUUGAUGUAAAACUUCAUGAAAUUAUUGUAAAUUCAUCAUCAUGGUUAGAACAGUGUAUUCCCCAGAAUACUGCCUUCAGUAUCUCGAACAGUAUGCAUCAAAAGAAACUUUCGUAAUAGGACUUAUUCUAGGUCAGACGACAGAUUCACGUGAGAAUGUGAUACAUUUGGCUCGUACUCCAGAGGAGAAAAGUCCGGACAAUGCUGCGGAAACCGAGGCAUUCUCAGGCUCAGACAAGCCUGAGGUUGUUAGGAGCUUGGCGGGAGUGUCGGAGGCGUGGAUAGCAGACCACGCCAAACAUGUUACUAGAAUGCUGCCCGGAGGGAUGUUUGUUCAAGGUAUAUUCAUCACAAGUGACGAAGAUAUAUUUGAGGACCCGAACUGCUUCAGUAGAGUGAAAGCAAUAGUGAAUUACACAUACAAGUCGCUUAACACAAACCCGUAUAUGUACGGCAACUGCCCAGGUGUAGCGGAAAGGCUUGUUCUCCAUAUGUCAACAAGUACAAAAGUCCUCACAUGUAAGAGUGUGGAAGUUGGUUCAGUAAAAAAUGUACUUGCAAGACCUGUUGAUUGGAAAUUUUUGCCGAAGCCACAGCAGUGGCAGAGGCUGGACUGCUAUUUUGAAUUUGAUGAUGUUUAUCCGGUCAUUGUGAAGAAGAGUGGUAUUUCUGUUAAGCAACAAUUUCAACAAAUAUUGGAAUCAGCGCAGAAGACAAUAGAGUCCAGCGUUAUGUUUAUAGACGGAGAGCUAAAGACUGAUUCAGAAGCUUUAGAGAAUCUAAAUAAGAAGAAGAAACUCAAGACUAAUGCUAAAGUCACACAGCAAGAAGCCCUGAAGUCCAUGCAAGUGUCAUUGUUUGUGCCAUUUGAGACCUGUCUCCCAGAAACGGUUGAAUACCUAGAAUGUGACGGCAGCAUACACUUCAGCGGCGUCGUCUCGUCCAGUGUGUUCCUGUACCCAAAAGCGACGGUCAGCGAAGCCAUCACCGCGGUCAAACAGGACAUAGUGCGGUCGUUGGCUUCCCGGUUCACUAUGCACUGUGAUGCCUUGAUCGAUGACAAUCUGUUGCCUGAAGAGAAAGUGUGUUUCAACGAGCCGCCCCGACGCGUCCUAGUUCCCGUGGGUUCCCUGUUCCUCUGCGACUACCUGUUCCCCGGCGAGGCGCCCGCCGAGGCGCUCCUGUCUGUCCGCGAGCUGUUGGACCUGCAGAUCACUGAGGCCGACGUCGUGUGCGAUGUGGAGACACCUGCAGAUACUUCAGAGUUCGACGCCCUCGACCGGGACGCGAGCAGCGAGGAACUGCUCGCGACUCCACAAGAAGCGAGCCAGUUCAUGUACAUAACCGGCAUUUGCUUCGCCCUAUUCGUCCUCAUAGUCUCCAUAUUGGUGCACUAUUACGACACAAUAGUCGUGUGCCUGAGCAAGAUGGUCUCCAAGUCUAAAUAAACGAUCACUAGUCAA